AUCAAAAUGGCGGUCUUCGAUGUCAUUUUGAACGAUAAAAUUACUGACCUAAAAGACUUACUUCAGGCUGAUCCAAAAUGCGCCAACUCUGUAGGAUGGCAUGGUCUAACACCAUUGCACCAUGCGGCGCUAAAAAAUAAUGAAGAAUUGAUAGAUUUAUUACUGCAAUAUGGUGCUAAUAUCAACCAUCCAAACGCUUACAGGGAGACACCGCUGCACCUCGCUUGCCAAGCUGCCUCUUUAAAACUUGUCCACAAGUUGCUGGAGAUUGGUGCAGACUUGAGAGCAGAGGAUAGCGCUGGAAGGACAUGCAUUCAUCAUGCUGCCAAAAGUGGAUCUGUGUAAGUGUUUUUUAGAGAAAUUUAGACUACUGCCGGUCAAUUAAUGAAUCGAAUAGCGGAAGAUGAUUUUUGUUUAAUUUGUUUGUUUGUAUUUCUCUAUACGUGCAUUUGAUAGCCUGAAUUUAUGUCGUUGGAUUUAUUCGUUCUGUAAAUCUAAUCAAGUUUCAAUUUCUUUGUAAACGGUAAUGGAUUAUGGAAUUCAUUUAAUGCUCUGUGAUAUAAUUUACUCAAUUAAUGAAGCUUAAAAUCGGUGUGAAAUGAACAUUCGAGUUUCGAAAAGCACCAUAUCAUUAUUUACAUCAGAGAAACGAAUUUUCUUAAAUUUUACACAUUUCCAAUGUUCAGAUUCUUAGGUAUUCAUAGCAUUUGUUCAUGGGGUUUUCCUUUUUUAAAUUGUUUUGCACAUUAGUAGAUGUCAUAACAGUGUUGGGUAGUGAUAAGAUAUAAUUAUUGUUGAAAUGAAGCGGUGAUUAUGGAGCCCUAUUAGAUGGGAAAUCAAGCCUUAUCCAGCUUUAAAGAACAUUCUAUCUGAUGAAGAGAUGAUCAGUUUUGAAGCACUAUGAUAAAAGAAAAAAAAGCUUCUUUACAUUUUCACUAGUAUUAAACACCAAAACAGAAAGAGGCUUGUUUUGGGACAUGACCAGACAUGUUAUUAAAUGUAUAUUUUAAUUUACGUACACAAAACACUAGACUAUUACAUCAGAGGUAUCCAAAGGUUACAGAAAACAUAAUAUGGUCUAAUAAUCAGGGAUAAAUUAUGAAUGCUAAUGAAACAUUGAAACAAUCAAAACUGUGUGAUGAAUGGGUAGAAGGAAAACAAAACUUUCUUAAAAGCUAGAAAUAAACUUGUUGCUUAGUUGAUUGAUCACUAAUAAUACAUGCACAGAUACCUAAGUGGUAAUAUACUGCUCUAUAGUAAUUUUGCAUUUAAAGUUCAUUAGUGUGGUGCAUAGCCAUUGGCUCUAUCCAAGUCUUAUCAGUUUCAUGAUGAACAAAUUGCUCAAUCUUAAGAAAAGGAAAAAAAAUGUAAACUGCCUGUUGCAGUCCACCUCUUAGUUAUGGAUGUCUCCAUUCAUAUUAUUAGAGAUUUAAAAUAUUCUCAUUAAUUUUAUAACCAGGAAGUUAAAUCAAAACAGCCAUUCUCCUUAGAAUCUACCAAAUAUUGUUUUUUCAACAACAAUGAGGUUGAAUAGAAGUCUGUGUAAGAUUAAAAAGUUUAAAAAAUGAAUGAAAUGUUUUCAAACAGAUGGAUAAUUGAAAUAAUAUUAUAUAUGACAAAAUCUGAAGGAAGGAGUAAUUAGGGAAGAGGAAGAAGAAAAUUAUGAAUUCUUCUAUUUUCCAUUGAUGUUAUUAAAUUGAUAUUCGAACAUUUGAUUUUAAAUUUCACCUGUGUUGAUAUUAUUUUAUUCCUUAGUACUUACUAAUAUCUACUCAUAACUUUGUCAUACUUGCUGGCUCAGGUCUUGUUCAUUCUUCAACGUGGAGAGGUGCACGGGCUAGCUCCAGAGUAUCUGUGUUCAAAGUUUACGUGGCGUGACUCUGCUUAUGACCUCAGGGACUCUGAAAAUUAGCUCAAUGUUCCCUUACCGCGCACUAAUUAUUACCGAAAAAGCUUUAGCUACAAUGGCGCCACAUUAUGGAACAGUCUACCAUGCGAUAUAAGGAACACAGAGUCUCUGGGGGUAUUUAAAUGUAAGAUCAAUGACAUUCUUUAAGUCUAACGCAUGGCACUCACGGAAAACAGCUUUUAGUGUUAUAGUAUAUAGUUUGAGUUUUAAAUAUUCUAGCAUAUGUGAUAUGUAUUUUUUAGGCUGAUGAAUUGACCGUGUUUAAAUAAAAAUGAAACGAAAUGAAAAAAAUGAAAUGAAAUGUGUUUAUCUUUCUUCGAUAUCUAAACUUACCCAGUAAUCAAGUGGCAGCCAAAUGAUAGAAAAAAAAAAGGAAUUUAACUUUAUUAUCUGAUUUUACAAUUGUAUAUUAUUGCCAUCGUUUUAUUUUUUGCCAGAUUAAAGCUGCAUUACUUGACAGAAUGUGGUCUGAGUCUAAAGAAAAGAGAUAACAGGUAAAUCUUAACCCUUUAACUCCUAAGAUCUCAUUAGUGUUUCUCCUUACUGUCUGCAAUACAAUUCUUCUGAUGUUACUUCUGAGAAUUUUGUUUUGGGUCAGCUAAUAAUCCACCAAUUGAUACUUUUCUUGGUUCUCAUCACUUGUCUUCUUGAUUUUGUGUUGAUAUUGUAAGGAGAAAUUCUGUCUUGGUCACUCCUGGGAGUUAAAGGGUUAAUAAGUAUAGCUCAUGAUUACACAAGGCUUUGAUUGUGGUAAUAAUAUAAUUUAGUAACUUGUGGAUACUGUGUGGUACAUGGAACAGGAGAUAGCACCAUAGCAUAAUGGUGCCAAGACAUAGUGAAAAUUGCUCAGGGCAUAGAAAGUUUGUAAUAGAAUUCUGCCUUCUUUGCAGAAUUCUCUUAUUAAUUUUUUUAGAAGAGCAGGUUGAGAAAAUAUUUGGCUUUAGGUCUAGAGGUAGGGAUAGAGAGCAGAGAUCAUUCUUUUUGAUCAGUAAAAGCUUGUCCUUAAUUUUGUCUCCAUAAAACAAGAAACUCAGAAGUCAUUUGAAACAAGGUGACUCAGUUUACUAUUUCUGUUUUUUGCUUUAAAAUUGUUCUCUAGACGAAAAUAUGCAAUUUGUUUCAAUAGAGGUCUGACUGCCCUUCAUAUAGCUGCAGAGAACAGUCAGCUGGAAGCCACAGAAUAUCUAGUUCGUCACAAGGUAUGUCCAGAUGCGCUAAUUUACAUGAUUGAAAAGUAAAUCACUAUUUCAUUAUGCUACAUGUACAUGUAGUUAUACAUAAAUUUAUUAUAAAAUUGGAGAAUGUUAUUAAUUUAAUUUUUUUUCAAUUAGCACUUUAGAUUAAUGAAGUUGAUUUGUUUAUGCAUGAAAAAGUGCCACAAAGGCAGAAGCUAAGAUUUACCAAAUAUUUGAUAUUUGGUUUUAAAAAAUGUUAAGUUAAAAUUUUUGAAAUAUGUAAUUCAUAAGGACCUAGAUUAACAUUGGGAUUGAAGUUUAGCUUUUCUCCAUGGAGUCUCUUCUUUCAAAUCAUUUCUUGCAAUUAAUGCUGCUUCAAUUUCCAACAGACCUUAUUGCUAAAGUACAUAUUAAAAUUCUUUACUCAUGGCUUGACAGAAUGACUUGUCCCCAGCUAAACAUGAUUACAUUUUUUUAUUACAAUUUAUUAUAUUAAAUUUUCACUCACUGAGUGAUUGGAUACAAAUAGCACAUGUAAUUUUCAUUAUAUGGCAAGAUAGGAAAUCUGAGCCUUCUGAUAAGUUCUUACUAAACCAGGAUUUGCCAUAUGGACCAUUGUCUUGGAAACACCAUAAACCCUGUAUUUUUUUUUUUUGCAUAAGGCAGCAAAUCCAAAUUAAACAAGUUUAGUCACUGUGGAAAGAAAAGUUUAGCAGAUUAAAAAUAAUGCCCACACAACUACUGAAUGUUUUAAGCAAAACCACAUUUUUUGAAGAUAGUGGAAUCUCAAGAUUGUGGAACCAGCUACCCAUUAACCUAAAGAAAGAGGCAAGAACAGUUACUUCUUUCAGAAAGGCUUUCCCAGACAUUUUUUACUAGCUAUGAUGAAGUAGAACAUUAAUUUUCAGUCCAAAUGUGAUUUACACUGUAACCCAAGCGGCAUAUUUUAUGUUACAUGUAUCUUGUUUUAAGCUUAUAUUCUCGUAGACCUGUCAACCAGUUUAUAAUCCUCAAUACAUUUUAUUUCUAAUUAUGUUACUUUUAGGAUCGAGGGCCAGUUGAAUUACUGUUGUGUUACCCUCCUUGCAAACAGAGUUGUUUGUUUAAUUGUUUGUUUGUUUGGUUGUUUGAAGAUAUUAUUUUUAUUUAUAAUAAGAUAAGCUGUUCCAUGGACAGUGACCACCAGGUGACAUAAUUUACACACUAGAAAUGUGUGCUGAAAUGCUUGGGUGGGAUUUACUGGUCCUCUAAGAUUUUGUUGUGGUAAUUAUUUGACAUCUCUUAAAGUGCAAUUGUUUUAGAUUUUCUCAAAAUUUAAAUGAUUAAUGGUACAAAGUAUCACCAAUUAACUCUGAUUGUACUGUGUUUUAUACUAAAGUUAAUUCAUACUUAAAUUAUCUGUGAAUUAAAUUUCACAAUUUGUACAAGUUUGAUCAAACAAUGUCAUGGAGGUCAGUAUAAAUAUGGGCUGAAUAAUUUUGUCUUCACUAGGGAAAAACAACAACUAAUUAAAAAAGAGAAUUUGCACCAUCUAAUUUUCUAGUAGAGCCAAGGGCAGAUAUUAAUUUUCAAGCAAAAAAUAUGGAUAAAUUUCUUGUCCUGUAAUUUAAUAUUUUGAUGUACUGUAAAUGCAGUUACUUUUUCUCUGCAGAGGUUUCCUACUGAUGUGCGAGACAGUGGAAAUUGUACACCUCUUCACUUAGCUGCCAAGCAUGCACACUGGUAAGCUGGCAUAUGACAUUGCAUUACACAAUUAUGAGUUCUUAAAAAAAUGUUUUUGGUAGAUUGAUCCAAGGCCUAUCAUUUAGGAUACUUAUAUUUAGUUGAUCACUUUCAUUUAGUAAAAACAAACGUGAAUGUAAGAAAACAUUACAGACUGUACUUUGCUUUGUGUUUUAUUAAAGUUUUAAUAGAAUGGCUUGUGGAGUAUUUCACCAGAAUACAGCUUGCUAAAUAACCAGGUGUAGUUUUUGUUCAACUGUCAAUUCAGGUGUUUGAAUACAAUUGAAGUUGUACAUUUAUACUUAGUCAAAAUUAACCCUUUAACAGAGUGACUAGCAUUUAAUUUCUUCUUACAAUAUCAGCCCUGAAUUACACAGUAUGGUCAUGAGAAUUAAGAGAAUGAUCAUCAACUAAAGAAACUCUUGAUUGUUAAACAAAUUCUCCUUGUUAGAACCUCAGGAAAUGUAUAGAAAACAGUGUAGAGAAAAUGCAUACUGAUGAUAGAGUAUAACUGUGAAAUCAAAAUCCACAUGUGGUGUAACCCUCACAUUUAUCAGUGAUUCACAUAUUAGCUUUUGAGAUAGAGACUGGUGCAGUUGCUUUUUGAUUGCAUCACAAAAUGUCAUCUAGAAUCUUUUUUAAUUGACUUUCUUAUUUUUCUGGUGAUUUGUUCUACGCAGUGAAGUUGCAUGGGUUUUGGAGAGCAAAAGCACAUUAUCAAUGAUCAAUGAACCAGACGUGAUGGGGAAAACUCCUCUGGACUAUGCUAGUGAUGUAGAAACUCCAAGGUAAUGUACAGUGUAUGGCAUAAGACUCCUACUACAAUAAAACUCUCACUUGAGGCACAACCUAAAAUGAUCCAGCAAGCUGUUCAAGUGAGAUGAUAUUUGGUCUCAAUAUGAUGUUUGGUGAUGUCUCUUAAUGAGUCCAUUAAAUCUUGACAGUUACUCAUUUAGUUAAGAAAAUUAAUAGCACCGUUGGAUGGAAAGCAAGGCUAUUACUACCACAGGCAGCCCGAGAGAUGAUCAUCUUGCAUAAUAGGUGUCAUGGCAAAAAUGUAAGAGUUGUUAAGGAAUAGUUAUGACUGCUCUUAGGAAGUAAAAAUACAGUCAAAGUCUCAGAAUAUGAAAUAUCUCACCUUCCACAGUGCAUCGCAUGUUGUCUGACUGCUUAUUUUGUUGAAAUGAGGUCAUUUUAGCAAGUUAUCCAUUUCUAGGUUUCCUACUUCGAACUAUUCUUCUUCCCACACAAACUCUUAUAUUGUCACAAAGACACUUAUCAUGCAAGAUGAUCAUCUCACAGCUGGAGCUCGGGCAGCCUGUGUAAAUAUGUGUAGGUUUAUGUGUGACUUGCAUCCUGAAAGCUGCUAGGACCAGCAAUAAGGAAAAAAGUUAUUUGAGUUACUGUUAGUAGAAUUUGGAAAAGAUGGUAAAUUUUGAGUAGGUAUUGGAAUAGGGUGAAAUGUUAUCCAUCUUCAGGUUGUCUUGUUUUGUGUUAUAAACUUCAUGAGAUAAAUUUGAGGAAGAAAGAUGGUAAAUUUUGAGCUCGGUUGUGGAACAGAUAAAGAUGUUAUGACCCGUUUUGAUCAAGUGCACUUACUGGUAGCCAUAAUUUUCCUCCGUUUUCCAUAUUGUAGACACUUGUGGCUGAAGAGACAUCUGAAGUACUGGCAAGCCAGCCGCUGCCCUCGUAGUCGUCCACCUAACCCGUGGAUGCCAUGGUUCCUCCUGCUUCUGUCGCCCUCAUUUGGAAUAUUCCUCAUUGCUUUGUCCUUCUAUCAGCUCCCACUAACGUUUGCAAUACUCUCAACAGUGGCAAUUGUUAUAUUUUUCAAUAUCUGGUCGUUCUCCAAACACAGAUUGCAGCACAUCUCUGCCGUUCCAAGUCCUGCACUAGCAGGGUUUUUCUUUGGGUCCAUACUACAAAGCCUCUUCUGCUACUUUUUUUAUAUUAUGCCUCAUAUCCUUUAAGAAUUCAGUACCACCGGUAAUCUGUUUAAUAGGAAGACAUAGAAGUUGGUUACCAGUAGUAAACUUCAUGUGUUUGUAUCAGGCUUACCUUGGCUUCAGUUCCUUUCGCUCAGUAGUAGAGCAUUUGACUGAUGAAGUUACGGGGUCAUGAGGUCAAAUCUUCAUUACCCACUCGACGGUUAAUAUGUAUGAAAAUUUCAGAUGGUCAUUUCUCUGACUUUCUCGGUUACGCUGUCAUGAUAGUCGAGAGCUCACUCCAGUGAUGUCGAAUUUUAGAAAUCAGUACAGAUUUGAAUUUGUUUUACACAGAUCUUUUUAUGUAAUGACACUUCUAACAAUCUAACACUACUUGAUAUAUCACACUUAUCAUAGAAUUCAAUAUCUUGUGACUGUACUAUACUUUUUAAGUAUAAAGGGGGUAAAUUUUUGAAGAAACUGUGGUGUUGUGUCAAUGGGGGUGUAUAACAGGGUAAUUUGGUAUAAUCAACUGAGUUCAUGAUGUAAAUUGGUGACCGUAAAGAGUUUCCAGUCUUACGUGUUGAGCGUUAGGUCUACGCCAGAGCGAAUGACAUAGGGCUAACGUUCGAAACGUCUUUAUAGUGGUCAAUCAACGUUAUCAACUUUGUUGAUGAAGCCAAAUUAUAUUGUUAUACUCUUGAGUACUUUGUUCAGCGCUCUUGACGAUCCAUGUACUUAUACUACUGACAUUACUUACAAGGCUAAUAUCAGUUACUAGCAAUACUUAUUCGUGAGUAAUGUUAGCGUUGUGAGUAAUGUCGGUAGUGUAUUUAUAUAAUGGUAACAGUGUCGGAAAAUGAAUAGUAUUCAAUGUUAUAUAGUUUUAUAUAGUUUUCUACAUUCUUCUCUCUUAUUGUGUGCUAAUUGUCCCAGAAAAUAUAUCCUUAACGUUAUUCACAACUGUGGCCGGAAUUUCUUUGGACUUCGUUAGCAAUUCUUCUUUUGGCAGUCACUUUUGUAUCAUUAAGGUUAGUGAGAUAAAAUAGCGUGUUUCAUUUGCUGGCCUUUUUCAGUUUAUUAUUUUUGGUGAGUGUUAAGCUUAUCCCGUUACGAUAGCAAUUGAAGCAACUUGUGGGAGGUCUACUUCAUCUUGGACAAAGUAUCCUUGUAUCCCAGGGAUAAGAGUGGAGGUCCAGAGGGAAGGUGGUGGGGUCCCAACUUCACCCCCCCCCCCCUUCACCCCAUCAGACUUGUGUGGAUUUUUUUACUUCUUUUCUAAAUUCAAAAUUUUUCCAGUUGAAGGUUUUCAUAUUACCUCUAAUCUUGAAGGAUUUAAAAUGAGCUUGUGAAAUAUUCCUUAGCUUAUCUAGGUGAAAAAACAAUAUUGUUAUUUCAGUAUCAAAAUUUGGACCCUCCCCAUCAAAAGUUCUUGCCCCUGGUUUCCUCUUCUCUUCUCCCCCAGAAUGUCGUUAGAUUCCCCGAAAGUUCUUUGCAUUUACCCCUUUGUGCGAGCGUAGAAGAGAGUACUUUUAAGAGGAAAGUCUUUUGCCGAAGCACAGAACACAAUUACCUUGCCAGGGCUUUAAUUAGAAUAAUAUUUAUGUAUGUUUUUACCUAAUGAAAAACUCUGUCCUUUUGGUGAGGUCGAAAAGCGGCGGCAAGAUGUUGAUUUUAUUUAAUUGAUUUGUGAAAUAUCAUUGUGUAGAAUGAAUCUUUUGAGAUCUCGCUCCAUUUGUUCGCAGGAGUUUAUAUUCUAACCCUGGUGUUGUGACGUCCAAUAGAAUAUCAGACACAGGGGAAUCAUUGGUAAGAAUUAAAAGACAACAGCGACACAUCGGUUUGGACCUCUCCUCUUGGGCCAUGGAUAUAAUACGUGUAUGAGGGAAUCAAAUAGGAAGUUAAAGUGUUCAGUGUAACAGCUUGCGAGCAGACUGUCAUUGAAAAUGCAAUACGAGCGGUGAAGCCCACGCUUUUCCAGUGGUCGAGCGAUAUGAGCGCGCGAGAAGUCCGGACUUGUUUUUAGUGCCAGACUCCACACUGACCUCGCGCAUGUUCUCUUUGCUUGCCGGCUUGAAUCUUGCGGGCUUGACCUCAUCCAUUCUUAAAAUAGCAGAAAACAAUUCAAGGAAAAAUCAAUCAAUGUCAUAUUCAGAUCUCGAUAUUUUGAUAUUCAGCGACAAAUCGUUGGCCUCACCUGCAUGCUCUGGGGAUUAACCUACAGAGCUUGUGACUCUGGUGGGUUUUCUUCCCUGAUGUCUUGUAUAGUUGUUUAUUGUUUCACGCGGAAUUUUAAGACCAGGAAAUUUGGUAGUUUUUUAUUAGUACUAUUUUUCCUUCUAACACAAAAAUUGAAUUUAUUUCUUCAACAGAACAUUCUCGAUGUAGCCAAAGGAGUUAUACCAGAGAGCCAAUUUUGCACCGUUUGCGAGGUAUAGCAUCACUGCUGUUUCAUGGUUAUUCCAAAGUUCGGAUAGAUUAUUACUUUGCAAUCCAGUGCUUAAGUUCUCCACGAUUGUGUUGGUUUCGCUGUCAAUGGUCGAUACUUUUAUAUUUCUGAAAUGAAAAGAAAAUUAUAAUCUCAUAAGGGUGAUGCGAACGUGUUUUGGACGAAGUCUGUCGCCUUUGGGGGGCUUUUAGGCGAAGGUGAGUACAAUAUUUCUUUAACGGAAAUGUUGAGGAAAUUAGGUAAACUUGUUGUUUAAGUGGCUGCUUUAAGCGUUCUCACCGAAAUUUCGUUCAGUGGAAUUUUCGCUCCCUCUAAAAAUUCAUGGCUUGUCUCGUGUGCAAAUGAAAUUUUCUAGAGAAAAUUGUGUGUCACCGUCUCAGCGUCUCGUCAAGACACGCGUUUAUCAAUGUUUAGGGGUAAUACAGUGAAAAAACUUACCGAGAAAAGUUAUGGCAACUAACGAAUGUUACAAUUGUACCACUCACAACAAAUUGUUUCAAUGUUCUCUGGACAGAUUGUGAUGCCUGAAUUUACCAAACAUUGCAAACUGUGCGAAGUAUGUAUAGAGAGUUUGGAUCACCACUGUCUGUUCCUCAUGAACUGUGUGGCAAGAAAUAACCACAGGGCUUUUGUGUGCUUCAUGACUGAAAUAUUAGUGGCCAAUGCGCUGUUUGUGAGGGCGGCAGUUUCUUGUGAGUUGAGUUUGUAGCUAAGAGAGAUAGUUGAAGGCCCACUAACCUACAUGUCGUCAGUGAUUGUUAAUUAUAAAAUGCAACUGAGAUACUACGUGCGGCCUGACUGAUCAAAAAUGUGUUGUGUAUUGUAUUGGUAAACCUAAAAAAAAUUUAAACAUAUUUUGUUCAAGUUCAAGUUAUUUUAUUAAAGCAAUAGACUGCAUUUUCUAUCUUUGUUGGGAGAACACUCGAAAUGUUUUUGAGUGUCCCCUAACAUCCCAAUUGGCUUAUUACGCUCUAGUAAACCGAUCGCAAGUGCACUCUAAUGCUUAAAAGGACUUUUCCAAGAUACCUUGAUAUACUUCUGACCUUCUUCUCUCUCUCUCUCUUUUUUUUUUUUUUUUUGAUGUGUAAUUUUUCAUAUCAAUUUUGUGAAGUUUGACUAAGCCUUUCUUUUCCACAAAUAGAUUUUAACUUAAAGGUAUUUUUGGGAGAGGCAUCUUCAUUCGGGGUAAGUAAGAAUACUGUUGCUAACGGUUAAAUGAGCCAGCAAGAAUUUGGAAAUGAUUGUAAGAAAAAAAAUUGGCUAAAUUAUUCUUAAACUGAUCACUGAAAACUAUCUUUUACUUUUUUUUUUACUAUUUUAGGAGGCUAUGAGCCACGAUGUCUAUGUUUCAGUUCUCUUUAUUCUCAAUUGUAUUGGAUUGUUCUAUGUAUUUUUCGUAAGUCCUAUGAUUGCUUGUUUGUUUGUUUUGUUGUUGUUUUUUCACAGUUGAAAGAUGAUAAUGAAAUGUCGUUCAUAGGACUUUAUUCCAUAACAUAUGCAGUAACAAUUGAAGUUCAAUGAAAAAAAUACUGCUGUAACGCUAUUUAGAAAAUCUGGUGUCAACAUUUCACUCUACAUUAGCUGUAGAAGCUUAGAAUUUUACAUCAAUGUAUACGAGCUAAUUCUGUUUGAUAUCAUUGUUAUAUCAUGUUUAAGAUUGUCUCACUUUGUGUUAUGUUACUUUAUCUCAUCUCAUCUCAUCUCAUCUCAUCUCAUCUCAUCUCAUCUCAUCUCAUCUCAUCUCAUCUCAUCUCAUCUCAUCUCAUCUCAUCUCAUCUCAUCUCAUCUCAUCUCAUCUCAUCUCAUCUCAUCUCAUCUCAUCUCAUCUCAUCUCAUCUCAUCUCAUCUCAUCUCAUCUCAUCUCAUCUCAUCUCAUCUCAUCUCAUCUCAUCUCAUCUCAUCUCAUCUCAUCUCAUCUCAUCUCAUCUCAUCUCAUCUCAUCUCAUCUCAUCUCAUCUCAUCUCACGUUUUAUUUCGUUUCAACUUAUCUUAUCUUAUUUCAUCCCCAGUUAACAUUUUUCCAGUUCAAGGUUAUUACUGACGGUGGUACAACAUAUUACUCAUCAGAAGGCGGCACAAUGCACAGGUAUACCAAUCUGUUAACGAUUAUACGAGUAGAAUUUUGCAUUUUAUUUUUAACUUUAGGGAAAGUUUAGCUGACAAGGUUUUAUGAUAAAUGCUUUCCAUAAGGAUACCAUGGGUACAGUUACACACUGGACAGAAUUUAAAUUCUCGAAGUGGUCAUACUCUUCCAACUGCGGUCGAUCCUCACAUCUCUCUGCUAAAGAAAUAUGAAAAGCAAACAUUUCUGACGAACGUAGUUGUUAAAUUGGAGAGAACUAAACUUAAGCCUCUUUAUCUCCUACCCCUCCCUUGUAGCCGUGGUUUUUUUUUUUCCGUUGUGUUAAGAGGGAAAUUGGUACUUAUCAUCUCUUCGGCCUGUUGCCAUGCAACAAAAUUAACUAUUCUUUGUUUAUUUAUCUGCUUGGUUGUUGUUUUGUUUUUCCUUUAAUCCUGGUGCAGAACGUGGAAAGACCUUUGGGUUCUCAAAGGAGUCUCGUUGUCUCAAAGGAUGAAAAUCUUCUUUCAAUUUCUUGUCGGGGAAUACUCAUUUUACAAGAAAAUGAAGACAAAAAAGGCACAGAGACUUGUAUAGUUGUUGUUCCUUGAUGCCAUGGAACGGAAGACAGUCCAAGAUCAAGACCUCGGUUUGGAGAUGUUAUGUGCUGGGUUCUCCGACGGUGGACCUCAUAUCACAAGAACGAAGGGGAAUUUGAACACAUAUCAUAAAAGAUGCUGAGAAUUGCUCCGAAAAUCUCAUCUUUUCAUGGCAACGUGCGCUUGUCACCAGUUCAUUGAAUGAAAGUUGCCGUUGCGUUUGACAAACACGUUGGUAACAAUCUAGGUUACGACAAAAACAGAUAGGAUUUCUGUAGCGGACCCAGAGAAACAAAUCUAAUUACACAUUUUUCGCUAUUUUCAUAAACGAAUCGUAAGAAUAUGAAAUAUUUACUCCAUCCAUCCCAUCGUUGUUACCACUGAGACGAUAAAAAUCGAAAAAAUUACCUUCUCUCGAAAUUUGGUACCACUGUAUCUAGAGGUUCCUUCAUAAGGGGCAUUUUAAGGUAUAAUUAUAAGAUUAUAUCAAUGAUUAUAAUAAUAAUUUUAAGGGUUUUUUUUUUUGCAAAGGCUGUUAGUGUUAACUUUUAAAUGUUGCAGUUUGCUUUUAUAGUGCUAGUCUGUCGAUGUAUUAUUUUGCUUUGUGGAAAUGAGUGAAAAAUUAGCAACUCGUACAUAAACUAUGUGAAUGUUUUGUCUGUACUAAAAGCUGCUUCAUCGAGUCGUUUAUAGUAACUGAUGAAUUAGGUGCGAUAUUUCUCCAUCUCUAAGAGUUGUCAGUACCCAACUUUCAGGGGACUCAGUGUUCUUUAAGAAAAGCUUGGAGAAACAAAACAAGGCCUCUGUAAGGAAUAAACUAUGGUGCCCAUAGGAGCU